AACCCUUACAUCAUCGUCGUCAUCAUAUAGUUCCUCUCUGUUCAUUUUCAUGCUUCCAUCUCCCUUUCUCACCUACUGCCCCAUUCUCUCUGUCUCUCUCCUUUCUUUGGCAUCAUCAUCAUUGUGCUUCUCCUAUGCCCCAUUUAUAUAUUCCUUCUCUUCCCUUUUCCCCUCUCGUUCCCAGCCUCUCUGUUCUGAUUCUGCCCAGAAAUUUGAGAAACUUGCCUUCCAUGGUUGAUCCUUGACAAACUCGGUAUUUCUGAACUGUUUGCUCACCAUACUAGGUACCUUCUGGUUAGAAUGGAUUCCUUCGGUCAGAAUCGUCAUCAGACCACCAACUUCAGGUACAAUCCCAACGCCGGCACGGUGAGCCACGGUGGCGAUGACGACGGGGAUGGAUUUUCCGGUAUUCUCGAAAUCUACGUCCAUCAUGCGAGGAAUAUUCACAACAUAUGCAUCUAUGAGAACCAGGACGUGUACGCGAAAUUCUCUCUCACGUACAACCCAGAUGAAACUCUCUCGACGAGGAUCGUCAAUGGAGGCGGGAAAAACCCGACGUUCGACGAGAAUCUGAGGAUGGAAAUUGCCCAGAGCGAUGCCGUUUUGAAAUGCGAGAUUUGGAUGUUCAGUAGAGUGAGGAACUACAUGGAGGAUCAGCUUCUGGGUUUCACUUUGGUCCCAAUUUCUCAGGUUUUGGGAAAAGGGAAGGUCACUCAAGAGUAUAGCCUUUCUUCAACCGAUCUCUUUCAUUCUCCUGCUGGAACUGUUAAAUUGACUCUCUGUUUGAAUCUGAACCCAUCUCUGCAAAUUAAUUCAUCUGUUAACAAAUCUGUAUCGGAAUCAUCAGUUAAUUCUAAUACCAAUUGUUCAUCCAUAUCUUCAGAAGUUGUCUUGCUUGAUAGAAAGAUCUCAGAGGUUAUGUUAGACCCAGUUGAGUUUUCUAGAAUUGAGUUUCCUGAUAUUAGUGUUGUGAGAGAGAAUCAGCAAAUGGUAUCUGAGUACUUCAAUUUGACAUCUCAUGGUUCUUCUUCUGUUUCUGCUUCUGCUUCAAGGCCUAAUUCUGGUGGACUUUUGCCAUUUCUUCGCCUUUCUGCACCUCCUCAAGUUGAUGACUGUGAAAUGACUGUGAAUUCUCCAGAUGGGAAUCAUGGAGAUUCCAUUUCUCCCAAUGGCAGCAUCCAGAAUUCUGGGUUCUUCAGCUCUACCACCACAACCUUAAGUGAUGAUAGAAACUCUGCAGAUUCUUCAAUUGACAAGAAGGGUCAUCAUCAUCUUGGUGGUGAGUCAUCAAACUCUGCUAAUAUUGCAAUCUCUAGUGAAGCUAAUAAUAAUCAGAAUUCUGGUUCUUCUUGUGGUCCUGACACUCCGACUUCCAAGAAAGAAAGUGAAGCCAGAGAUCAUGAGAAAGAGGGAAAGUUCUCAGCCACAAAGGAAAAAAAUGAUCAGAGCAAUAGUAACAAAGAUAGGAACAUGGACAUGGAGGCUGCUGCAAAAUUUGGUCAAGUUUUCUCAGCUCCAUUAGGGAACAUCAAUCUUGAAGCUGAGCAAUCUGCCAUGCAACAACAGAUAGUUGACAUGUACAUGAGGAGCAUGCAGCAAUUCACUGAGUCUCUUGCGAAGAUGAAGCUCCCAAUGGAUCUCAAUACACCAGACAGAGAAGAUUGUGGUGAUGUGAUUCAAAAUCAUAGCAGCAACAGCAGCAGCAAGUUAGAAAUUGACAAGAAAAAUGAUCGGUCUCGCGUGUUUUAUGGAAGUCGUGCAUUCUUCUGAUAAUCACCUUCUUGAUGCUGGCAAAACUAGAAGAAGAUCAGCUUAAUUUGAUGCAUGUUUAGUGCACGGAAAAAUGUUUAUUAUUUCCUUUCUGGAAAAUACUAUUUUACCUACUAAAUAUUGUGAUGGUGUAACUUUUCUGAUAUAUUUAUUAUUAUUCUGCUGAAACUUUCUUAAGAAGGCUCUUAUGUUGGUGACUAUAUAUAAUCUUGUAGCUCGGAUGGUUUUUUUUUUCCUUACUUACCGUUUGACUUGACUGUAAAUGGGUUCGCUACUUCUCUGUCUCUGUAUUACUUUAUCUUGAUCUGAAGUGCUUUUGAAGAGAUGUUCAUUUC